AUAUUAAAGAUUCUCAGUGUGACUCUCAAACAUUUUAUAUGGACAUAAAGCUUUUUGAACCCGCUGGGGCUGACUACUCCUUUUAAAGUGAUAACUAGGGUACAUAGCCCAAUUAAAACCCCGUAAUAUCAAACGGAAUAUGCUUAUAGACGUGCUUACUACUGAUAAUGGCCUAUUGGAAUUCCUAGUACUAACAUUGCAGUAAAAAAACCCAUUCAAAAUACUCUUCUUUUUGGAAUUUGCCAUUUUGAAAUUAAAUUAAAGACUUUUCUCCCGUAUCUAUUCUCAUUUGAUCCCAUUCAUUAAUCCAUUCAAGGCUAAGUUCAUUUAUGAGCGCAGGUAUUAGGUAUUUUAUUUAUGUUUGCUUAUCUUGAUGUGGACUAAUGCGACCGAGUACACAUCUAUAUGUAAGUAUCUGCUGUAUAAAGUUCGGAAUAAGGGAUAUGAAACGACUGUGCAAGAUGUCCCACUUCAUGACUGUUAGAGUUGCAGAUUCCAGAUCAUUUUGGGUUGCUUGACAGCCCGGAAAUCGAUGGAAUAUUAUUCUCAACCGCUUAAAAUCACAGCCAAUUAUCAGGACCUUCAUUAUAUAGCCAUUAGACUCUCAGAAUCCCCCUCGGUCCCUCGGAACCUGCCCACAACUAUGUUGAAUAAUUAAUGUUUCAAUUAGAAUACGAUUAUCGAAGGCAAGCACAAGCUGCGCGACGGGAUGCGAAGGUGAAGGACACCGAAGGACAUUGUAACUCAUCCGGCCUGGUGGUGGUGGGUGGCUGGACUUAACACUCUACUAAGAACGCUUACAAAUUGCCGGCCAGAUCCGGUUGGCAGUUUAUUGUCCACUCAACUUGACCUGCUUGAGCAGGGGCGUUCAUAAUUCGCAUUGUUAAAGACUUUUCUCCCGUAUCUAUUCUCAUUUGAUCCCAUUCAUUAAUCCAUUCAAGGCUAAGUUCAUUUAUGAGCGCAGGUAUUAGGUAUUUUAUUUAUGUUUGCUUAUCUUGUUGUGGACUAAUGCGACCGAGUACACAUCUAUAUGUAAAUAUCUGCUGUAUAAAGUUCGGAAUAAGGGAUAUGAAACGACUGUGCAAGAUGUCCCACUUCAUGACUGUUAGAGUUGCAGAUUCCAGAUCAUUUUGGUGUUGCUUGACAGCCCGGAAAUCGAUGGAAUAUUAUUCUCAACCGCUUAAAAUCACAGCCAAUUAUCAGGACCUUCAUUAUAUAGCCAUUAGACUCUCAGAAUCCCCCUCGGUCCCUCGGAACCUGCCCACAACUAUGUUGAAUAAUUAAUGUUUCAAUUAGAAUACGAUUAUCGAAGGCAAGCACAAGCUGCGCGACGGGAUGCGAAGGUGAAGGACACCGAAGGACAUUGUAACUCAUCCGGCCUGGUGGUGGUGGGUGGCUGGACUUAACACUCUACUAAGAACGCUUACAAAUUGCCGGCCAGAUCCGCUUGGCAGUUUAUUGUCCACUCAACUUGACCUGCUUGAGCAGGGGCGUUCAUAAUUCGCAUUGUUAUGAGCCGUCCCUCGCCUUUGUGGCCAUCCAAUCAAUGUGCUCCUGGCCGGGUCUGGACUUUAAUGAACGGCCGGCUGGCAGGCUGUUUGGUUGGUUGCUUGGUUGCUUGGUUGGUUCGUAGGUCGACUGGUCGACUGGUCGUGCGGCGGUGCUCGUAAACUUGGCUGGCCUAGCCUUGAGUUUGGCCUACGUUACUCCCAGAGGAGAGGGCAGUGGUAAAAAGUGGGGCCCAUGCAAAUUGCUCGGACCCUGAACAAGCUGCGUGGGCUUUGGGUGCGCCUUUCGCUUGUAAAGAGUCGAGAAAUGGCCUCCCAUUUGCGUGUUCCUCAAUCUUUAAUCGCCGGGAGCACGUGAACAGCCUGAUUCGAGACUGCUUAGGCUCUGCCGCAGGGUUGGAACAUGGCUGGUCGAAUCGAACUGAAUCAUUGAUUAGGCUCCGGACCGAGGACUACGGCUUCCUUAAUAAAUUACAUCAAAGUCCAGGUUUCAGCUUUAAGUUUACUCUGACUUUUAAAGUGAAGAUAUUUAUUUAGAUAUGGAAGGUGAAAUUGAGACCCUAACAUAUAAAUAGAGAAUCCCAUAGACUAUGCUAGACAGUGGUAUUCAUUAUUUAUUGAUUUUGCAAGACCGGAUCACUAUGAGCGACAAAGGAGCUCGGUAAUGGUGAUAGCAUGACGCGCGACGGCGAAAUUCCAGCCAUUUUCAAUCCGAAAAGAGUGCGCACUCCUUCCGUGGUGGUCACCGGCGACUCCUCGACGAAUGGACCGUACAGCAAUAACAGCACCGGCGGAGCGGGAGCCAGUAGCAGCACGGCAGUGGCCCCUGGAUCGUCUGCCCAGAACGGCAGCGGCAGUGGCAGCGGAGCAGCGGGCAGCUGCGGGUUCAGCAACGUGCUCACCUCGAGCAACCCGCAAAUAACCCACCAAGACUCGAUUUCGUCGAGCCAACAGGACCCCAAUGAGGUGAUCAUCAUCCCGGCAGACACCCCCACGAGCGCACCGGGCAGCCACAAUGCAGCACACCACUUUGGAGGCGGCGACUCCAGCGACACCCAGACGGAGCAGCAGCAAGCCAACGGGCACGGGGAGGAGUCAGAGCUUCGCUUUCGGAAGCUGCAGGCCUGCAAGGAGUCAUGCUGCUCUGAACUGGCCCGGAAGAUGUACUUCGGAGUGUGCGUGACCAUCCUGAUGACCGCCUCGUGGGUGGGGGCCACCCACUGCAUUAAGUACAUGUACAAGUACCGUGCUCCGUACGACGACUUGCUGAACGACGACCAGGACACUUCCUCGAGCCGUGCCGACUUGAGCACGGAGCUGGAGGACAUACUGGCCAUCAGCGACUCGUCGCUGCACCACGUCGAGGACGCCACCGAGAUGUUCAACAUACCACCGCGCCAGCCGGUCUACUUCAGCGCCCCCUUCUUCGCCGCCUGGUUCUUCACCAACUUCUCGCUGCUCUUCUUCCACAUCUACCUGCUGGGUUUGGUCUCCACCCGCAAGUGCGAGAAGCUGAGCGACAUCCUUGGCGACGUGCUGCGAGGAUUCCGGGAGCGCGGCUUCACCGUGGGACGCUUCCUCAAUCGCUGCCUCUGCUUCUGCAUUUUGUGGCUGGUCACCACCUACCUGUACACCCUCUCCCUGCACGUCCUCUACGCCACGGAUGCCCUGGCCCUGUUCGCCACCAACGUGGCAUGCGUGUACCUGCUAUCCUGGGUGAUCCUGCACGAGCAGUUCGUGGGCGUCAGAAUAGUGGCCAUUAUACUUUGCGACACAGGAAUAGCGUUGCUAGCCUACAUGGAUGGAAUCACGGAAAGCCGAACCCUGAGCGGCGUGGUCCUGGCCACAUUGGCCGGAGCUGGCUAUGCCGUGUUUAGGGUUAUGUUCCGCAAGGUGAUGGGCGAUCCGCCGGUGAGCCAAAUCGCCUUCAUAUUCACCGCCCUCGGCUUCCUCAACGCCCUGCUGCUGUGGCCCGUGGUGCUGGGACUCUACCUGACUGGCACGGAAAGCCUCACCUCGGAGAGCAUACCCUGGAACUUGCUGUUCGCGGCGAGCCUCCUGCUCCUCGUUUUCCACGUUCUGAUGCAGUUCAGUGCCGCCGUUACGUACAACAUGUUUGUGACAUUGGGUCUGAUUACGGCUGUGCCCGUUUCUGGCGCCCUCGAUGUCAUACUGUACAGUGCGAACUUUGCUGGCAUGAAACUGGCCGGAGUUAUCCUGAUUGGCAUCGGAUUUUUCCUCGUCAUGUUUCCCGCCAACUGGCCAGACUAUAUAACACGAUUGUUGCGAAAGAGCGUUCGUGCCAUACUCCGCUACCAAUGUUGUUGUGAAUUAGCCGAAAUUCGCUAUGCUCAUUCGAAGCAUCAUAAUGUUGGGUCACAAUGCGAGAUGGGGUCGCGGCCCUCGGAGCGGUACUUCAACAGGUCAGCAUCCCACCAUUAUCGACUAUCGGACGGGAUACAUAAGGUCCCAUCUUCGUUCACCCUCUGGCCGUGUGAGAUGACUGAUCUGUCGCCGACCACCUCUGGGUUUCUACAUGGCCAUGGCGGCGCCAACGCACAGCAUCACCAGCAACUUUUGCACCACCAACAGCAGCAGCAUCAGCAGACCCACCAGCAGCACCUCCAGCAGCAGUACCACCACCGGCAGCACUCGCUCCACCAGCAGCACUUGCAGCGCCAGCACUCGCACACCUCGCUGACCAAGAUCCACCGCCAGAGCAGCAGCCACAGUGUCCACGGUGGUGGCGGGCGAGCGGAGCACCACCGAACCACUACCGGAGCCACCGGACGGCUCUUCUCCUACUUCGGAAACGAGCAGGAGCACGAGCGCAAGAAGUCGGAGACGUCGUUCUUUAAUCUCGGAUUUCGGAGAAAGUCCACCGUGGUCUACUACGCUCCCGCAGAUUGAGGGAGCAGGACUUGCUCAGGCAUAUCAGAACCAUAUAAGCAAGAGGAUACAAUCAGAUUAAUUAGCGAGACAGAUGGGUUAUAGUUUGUUUGCCAUUAUAUCAUAAUAAUUGUCGUUGUUGUUGAUGUAAAAGUUCAAUCGGAUCGCAUGCAGUUACAAUUUUGCUCAAAUAUAACACAUUUAAAGGCUACAGUUACAGAAACAGAGAUACAUUUGCAGUUACAGAUACAGAUACAAACAAGCACGGAGUUAGUCUCCCUACCUGCAAUGAAAGGAACCCAUGACCAUGCACCCUGCCUCGCCUUGAAUCUCAGUCUCAAGAUACAGAAACCCGAGAAGAAGCCCGCGAAUCGAGCUCAAAAGUGCCCCGAUAGUUAACUAUAUACGGUUAUAAUUUAAUACUCAUAAUUAUUACGAAAUUGUAUAAGGAAUCGAAGCCAAUUGUUUUAGCAAUUAUAUACAUUAAUUAUAAUGGCAAUUAGUAGUCAAAUAUUUUAAAGUGGAUUCACUGAAAGGCACACCUUCAGAAGGGAAAGAAACCGAAAAAAUGAACAAAAAAGCCAUGAUAUUGAAUGCAAAUAGUUGAUAGACGUCACCGAGAAUAUUCAAAUUUCACCCGGCUAAGGAUCACAUUAAACUGUAAGCUCAUCUAGCGACUAGAUCUAAAUGGUUUUUCAUUUAAACUUAACAAUUAUAUAGGGAUUAACUUUUUUUAAAGGCUUUUAUUUGAAUGCAAACUGAAUGUGAGCCGAGUCAAAACGAAUUGAAGUAUUAGUAUUUUUAAAUGUUUAUGUGUUGUUCGUAAUUCGAAGUGUUAUAGAGUCGAAAGGAAUCAACAAGGAUACUGUUGUACUAACGCAUCCGCCUCUUCUUUGAACCCAUCUGGGAGUACCCAUAUUGGAACGUUCAGAUUAGAGCUGUUGCAUAUUAUAUGAAUUAAGUUGUGUAGCCACAUCCAAUAAUUGAUUUGUGAUAGUUUUUAAAAAUGUUUGGUAACCAACCGCAUACACCACAUACCUUUAACAACCCGAUCCAAAAAGAGAGGCGAUGGUAUAGCUGGGAUGUAUUUAGAACACACAAAAACC